AUGAACAAGUUGACUUCAAAUGAUUCUCUCCAUUCGGCUAUCACGGAGAAGAAACUGAAACUGUUGAAAAUUCUGCUUGAAGGUGGAUCAGAAGUUAAUAGACGUGCAUACGAUGGAAAAACAGCUUUAAUGAUAAUAUGUUCUGAUUUCGGAGAAGAACAUGAUGCAGACUACAUAAUUGCAGUUAUACAGUUACUGCUUAAGCACAAAGCUGACCCUAACCUUCAAGAUCGUAAGGGCAGAACCGCUAUUAUGUAUUCCUUGAGAAACCUUCAGCCAAAAACAGGUGUGAACAUUUUAUUAAAACAUGGUGCAGAUCCAUUUAUUUGUGACAAUUUCGGUAAAAAUGCUUUUAGUUUUAUUGACACAGAGAAUUGGUCCGAGUACAAAGAAAGCUUCAGUCAGUAUGUCGAACCAACGAAACAACAAUAUGUUUUGUUUCCCACAACUUCUGCUAUAAAUGAAAAAAGAAAUGACAAGAUAAAGGCAUGUAGUUUCCUACAAAAAGAAAAGAAACGUGUCUAUAGCUUAGAGUAUCACGAUACCAUAUGCAGAUUAUUGACGCGUAGGCAAACGGACGAAAAUAAAGAUACCACAUGUGAUAAUUCUAUACAUGAUCGUUCGUUCGACGAUAUGUUUUCUCCACAGUCUGCUCCAGUUGAGAACGAAAAUAAAAUUACUGUAAAGAAGAAAAUGUUGCGUAGGGCAUCACACACUCCAAGUUACACGAAUGAAAAUAUUGAAUUUAGUUCGAUUAUAAUGGAGGCAGAGUAUGGUAAUGCCCGGCAGAAAAGGGUAAAUUCAAACCCGACUGCAAGUAGGAAAACUGACUAUGAGAGAGAUCGUGCAAACUCUUUUAAAGGAAAACGUCAACAAAAGCCAAAACGGCGACAUUCUUCUAGUGUAGAAGCUAGUACGAAUGAUUUGUUUAUCUUCAACAAAGAUGAAGGAGAAAGAUCAUCGAUGUUCGGAAAAUCUAUCGUCACCAGAAACUCUGACACUGAUAUAUCAUUAAAUGAUAAAAACUUUCUGAUGCAUGGUGCCGUCAGAUCUUACCAGAAACUUCCUCCAAUUGAAAAGAUGACGAAUGAAAUAAACAGAAAUGAUUAA